GCCUCUCCCCCUGCCCGGCGGGUUCCUUCCGGCGCUCGAUUCUCAGGUUUUGGAGAGUGAGCAGGGAUGGAUGUGGAGAAGGCCGCGCCCAAGGGACAUGGCUUCUUCGGCCUCUUUGACUGGGGCAAGAGCAAGAAGUCCAAGAGGCGGCUGUUCAGCGGGAGCGGGGGCUACUCGCCGGCGCAGGGGAGUUCCGUAGAUGGGAAGGAAACUGAUGGCAGCGUGCCAAGUACGCCGUCGCACUCGGUCCUCGGAGAUGCGAUGAGUCUCAAGGAAAGCAGUGACCAGAGCUGCUCAUCCUCUGUGAUUGACGAUGAAGGUUGCGCGAGGAGGGGACCCACCGUCGUGGCGAGGCUCAUGGGUCUGGAUUCCAUGCCUGCGGCAAGCUCGUCUGGACCCUACCCGAUGCCUUUCUCCGGGCAACAUGCGUUCCAGAAUAAUGCCCAUGAUGAGUUGAUUGGCAGAAGCUAUGUUGGCAUGUCGAGUCCACAUAAGAUGCCGAGUAGUCCUAUUGACCGGUUUAGCAUGGAAGCGCUGCCUCCAAGAUUUGCCAGAAGGACACUCUCAGUUGCGCAACAGAAGCUAUUCUCCCCAGUCAAGAAUCCCAAUCAUGUAUCAAGCAGGAAUGCUGCUGAUAUAAUGGAGGCUGCAUCUAGGAUCAUUGGGCCUGGAGUUGACAACUCUAGCUCUUACAGAGUUCGUGAUGUUGGGUACUCAAAUGACGUGCGCGCCUUCAACCCGAGAGAGAUUGUAAGAGUCCAGCAAAUGUCCCAAGCGGCAAAGAAGCGCGACGUCUCAGCUUCCUCUAAGCCACCCAGUGGAAAACUGUCGGAUGGAAGCUCGAUAACUUCAGAGACAACAUCUUCUUUCAGGGUCUCACAGUCAAAUGGAGGUGCCCCAGCUGCUCCAAGGGUCAAGGCCGUCAGAGGACCAUCGGCAGAUUUUAGAGCUACGAAUGGCCAAGGAAGAGAAGGUAUAAGCAGAAGCAGCAGGAAACUUGCAAUUCAUACGGAUCCAGUACAUAACAUCGUUGAGAGAAAUGGGUUCAAUCAACAAAAGCAAAACAGGAAUAACCGAGUGGGCAUGUCAAGUUCUUCCAAUGUGCUUGUGCAAAAUAACAGAAAGCAGAAUGCUAUGGGUGCUGAGAACCACUCAGAAAGGCAGAAGCUGGAUUCAAAGUCAGCAACACUCGGUCAGCAACAAAGAAACCUGCAUGCACCAAACGUUGCUCCCAGAAAGGCUGAGAUCACAAGGACACGCUCUGAAAAUGGUACGAAAGGAAACAGAAAAGGGGAGUUGCAGCCAGCCAACUAUACACUCAGAAAACAAAACUCUACAGCCAAAACAAUCCCCAAGCCAAGAAGAUUACCAGAUGAGGGAAUGCAUUCAAAGAAAAACCAGCCAGGUAAUAAAAUUCUCGCUGACAGAAGCCCAAGGCGUGUUCGGCACAAUAUCGUGAUAGAGGAGCAAUCAUCUUUCUCAACAAACAAAAAGAAAAUUAGCACUGAGAUUGUUUCGUUCACGUUUACCUCACCAGUUGACAAGUCAUUACCUGGUUCUCAUUUUCCCAAUCAUUCUGUGCAAAAACGCCCGGCAGAGAAUUGGAACUCAGUGUCAACUUCGAGCAACACAUCAAAUACCGAAUCUGAUACCAUAGAUGGUGAUUGUUUGAGACUUCUUCUUGAGCAGAAGUUAAGAGAAUUGACUUCUGGGGUGAGGUCACCUUACUCUAAGCCAGCCAAUGGAGUUCGGAUAUACGCCCCUUCACCAGUUUUGGAUGAUGCAGCAUCAGCCUGUGACACAUCUAGCAUUGCAUCCACUGAUUAUGACAGAGACUCAAUACAAUCUUUCAAGGACGGAAAAGACGAGAUUCCGCGGUCAGAUCUUGUAUCAAAAAAUGAUCAGUCUUCUCAAUCUGUGAAGUAUGAUAAUGAUUUCAUUGAUCAAGUGGAGUUAGAGCAUCUUCACUUAAGCCCCCAUUCUACAUGGGAAGCUUCUCUUUCAACAGAAACCUGCAGCUCUGCAGAGAGCCGGACAAAUGCAAAUGAAUCAAGGUUAUUUAGUUCAACAGAAGGAGCAGCAACAUCUGGUUCAACACACUAUGGGAGAGUCCAAGAAGUGGAGGCUUUAUCAGAAUAUUCUGACACAGCCUCAUCUAUCACGGCCGCUACAGCUGAAAUCUCCCCACCAGAGAGCAGCAGCUCAUGUCGUAUGGAGAUGAACUUCUUAAGAGAAAUACUGAAAGCUACUUCUGUCAGAGACUAUGCUUGCUCUUAUUUGGAGCGAUUUGGCAGCUCAGAUAUCCUGGAUCCACAUCUGUUUGAAGAACUAAUUGGCAAUUUUAGAAUGUCAGUGGGUGAAGAAGAGGGCAAAUAUCUCAGAAUGAUACGGAGGCUGCUCUUUGACUGCACGAAUGAAAUAUUAAGCGUGAAAUGCGCAUACUACUUCAGUGCUGGUUACAGCUCAUGGUUUAUGGGUAUGGCCGUGCUUCAGAAGCUCUCGCCGGAAGAAAUCUACCAAGAGAUGAACUGUUUGAAGGUUGCCGAGGAAUGGAUGGUGGACGAACUCGUGUACAGAGAAAUGAGUGGUCCUCUCGGGAGCUGGGUCGAUUUCAGGACGGAGUCAUAUGAAGCUGGCAAAGACAUAACGGCAGAGCUGCUAGAGUCCUUGGUUGAUGAAAUUGUUGCUGAUCUUAUAUAUUGGUAGUCCCAUCAUUCAAUUGUGCAUUUUGUUAUCUAGAGGAACAACAUGGCGAUAGAUCAAUGGCUUCCAGAGCCAUUCUUUACUUUUUUGGUGGACCAUUUGGGCUGUCCUCAUGCAGAAAAUAGCAAGGCAUUGUAAUUUUUUUUCUUACCCUGGUUCAUUGUUAAUGAAAGUAGCUGUUACUGUAUGUUGUACAAUGUGGCAUCUCUAGCUGUUCAUAUGAACGGUGUCUGUUCUUUGCAAACCAAACUGAUGGUAAUUUCUUUUUGUCUCC